GAGGGGGAGUUCUGCAGGGUCACUAAAUACACAGGAGCAGCAAAUCCCUCAAAAAAGAAAUAUAUAUAUAUAUCUACCCCCAAAAAAAGAAAUACCUCCAGAGAAGAGGAGAAGCCUCCGCAGAGCUGCUGCGAACUUUCUGAUAAGAGAGUUUCCUCCUGCUUCGACUCGAGUCCGCUCGCUGCAAAGAUGACCGCAGCCGUGGUGUCGCCUUUCUUCGACUUCGAAAUAAUGAACAAGAACAACAAAUUGCUCGGCUUCAACAACAACCUGGGCGCCCCCCAUCCCAUGUCUGUCCCUUGCACUGGUGCCAAUGUGCCCAUCUCCAGCCCCACCGGAGCCCUGCUGGACAGGAAAGCGGUGGGAUCUCCCUCCGUGGGGGGUGUGUACCAGCGGCGGCACUCUGUCAGCAGCACAAAGUUCUGCCAGAACCAGUUUCUGAACAGCCUGAAGGCAGGGGACCACUGCUCGCUCAUCUCAGGGCUCGGCAACGGCGGCAGCAACAAGGAGAACCGCAUGCGAGACCGCUCCUUCUCUGAGACAGGUGAGAGGCUCAUGAACAAGUGCCUGGGCCCGGCCAGUCCCACCGGCAGCAGCAGCCAGGUGAACUCCAGCCGAUACAAGACGGAGCUCUGCAGGCCCUUCGAGGAGAACGGCUCCUGCAAGUACGGCGACAAGUGCCAGUUUGCUCACGGGAUCCAUGAACUGCGCAGCCUGAGCCGCCAUCCCAAAUACAAAACUGAGCUGUGCCGCACCUUCCACACCAUCGGGUUCUGCCCAUACGGGCCUCGCUGCCAUUUCAUCCACAACGCUGAGGAGCGGCGCGGACCCCCCCAGCAGUCCUCCCCUCUAAACUCUUCCAACAAGAUGGAGAGGCCCCGGCUGCAGCACAGCUACAGCUUCGCAGGCUUCUCCAGCUCCGCCGGGCUGAGAGACAGCCCCACCUCAGUCACCCCUCCACCCAUGUUCUUCCCUGACGAAGUGUCCGACUGGCCCAGCAGUAACCCCUUCACCUACUCCAGCCAGGAGCUGGCCAACCUGUUUGGACCCAGCCUCAGUGUCGGCCCUUUAGGCACAGAGCCCAACAACCCUGCACCUCCCUCUCCAACGAGCAAACCUUACUAUUUCAGGCCCAUGUUGGAGUCCCCUCAGAUGUUUGAUACUCCAUCCAGCCCUCCUGACUCCCUGUCAGACCAAGAUGGCUACCAGAGCAGCUCUGGAGGCAGCCUGAGUGGCUCCGAGUCCCCAACGCUGGACACCACCCGCCGCCUUCCCAUCUUCAGCCGCCUCUCCAUCUCUGACGACUAAACAGCGAGCACCCACCAAUGACUUUAUGUUUGAUGACACAAAGAGAACACGGCACUCCCCUCUACCUCUGCCCUUCUCCCAAGCCCCCCCCCCCCGUCUUCUCUUCACUCAACACACCGUGUCACUUCCUCGUUAGCAUUGUGAGGAUUUAGUCAAUUAAGGGAACUCGAACGAUCAUUUCAUCCAUUGAUCUGCACAGCAAGUGUUAAAGACCUAACCUGCCAUGUGUCAUAGUGCCAAAAAUGGAGAGGAAAUUGAACAAUGAAAAAAAAAUCACACGAACAAGAAUUGACUGUUUUUCCCCAGGUGCCACUUGUUUUUCUUUUUCUUUCUUAUUCUUAUUUGUUCUUGAAUGUGUAGCAGCACAAGUGGCCUUGGAAAGGGGCGUGCAUUGCACUAGCCUCCUAGCCCCCCCCUCCCUCACUCCCUCUUCCCCUCCCUGACGAUACCACUUCCCCCCCCCGAGCUAGCUAGAGGGUGCUCACUAACGUAAGUGUAGAUUUACCGCAGCCGUUUUUUACAGACUGAGUUAAGACAAAAGGAGAGGAAAAAAAAUAACAGACCCUGAAAUGAUAUGAAUAGUUUUUAAAAAAGAAAAAAAAAGUGCCUGGGGCGGUUUUUGCAUGUGUUUAGGGUGAAUGGACUACUGUUUGUUUUUGGUUCUUUCUCAUUUGCCCCCCCCCUCCACCACCCCCACCCCCAACCCCCCCCCCUGUCACGGUUCUUCGCGAGCUCGUCUUAUGUAAUUGUGGACUGGGUGAGUCUGCAGGAAGGACUUUGAACUGGAAGUUGGUUAUGUUUUCUUUUUUCCCCUCUCUUGAGUUUUUUCUCCUCCUGUUGCUGGUCACUGGCUUUUUUUGUUUUUGUUAUUUUUUCUGUGUCUCUGGGAAGGAAGUGUUGAUAUCAACCUGAUCAUUAAACCUGUAGGACUCUAGUCCCACUUCUCAACCCGGCCUCCCCUCCCUUCCUCUUCACCGAUCUGGGGAAUUCCAGCAUUCCCAUGGUGCAGUUCUACAUCCUGCGACUUGACGAGAUCGGAUCUCCAAGCUAUUUUACUUAACUUCUCCCCCCCCACCCACCCCCCACCCUUUAAAAGCCUGCUCUGAGGAGCUCUCUCUGUACUCAUUACAUCCCUUUUUUUUGCUUUCUUUAUUUGAUAAUUAUUUUUUAUUAAUGUUAUUAUUACGGUUAUUAUUAUUUGAAAAAACUUUCCAGACAGAAGGUUUUCUUGUCACUGCUUAUUUAACUUAUCAGAACAUAUUUAUUGGUGAUCAUAUGCAUUUUUUGUUAAUUUUGUUUUGUAUUUAUCUGGAUAAUGAACAAUAGAAUAUAUUUUCUUUUAUGUUAAAUUAUGAUCUUCCAUAUUAAUCUAAAGAUUGUGAAGACGUUUUUGUCAGUUUUCCUUUUUUCACAGUUUAAUAUAUUGUACUUCAAUGACUUGUUCUGCAACUACACUUUGUCAAAAUGAAACUUAAUUUAAAGCAAAAAAAAUGCAAAAAAAGAUGUUUUGCGUUUCGAUUAUUUAUUGUACUUUAUUCUUUACUCCCUCUUAUUGGACUGCAAUUCCAUCUUAGCUAGAUUUGCUUGUAUUCAUUCCUGAUGUCUCUUCCCCCCCCACAUGCCUUCCAAUAACCAGACAGUAACCGAAGAGGACUGCUUUUUUUUUUACAUGGAUUCAGCUCCUCUGUUUCUUUAGUCUCUGAUCUUGCCCCAGCUCUAAACAGAAGUAUUUUCACAGUACUUGGGUAGAUGGUGGAAAUGAAGGGGUUCCUAGCAGCCUCUCACAUCACUGGUUAAAUAGAGUCUCCAGCUUGGAAGCCUGGUGGUGUUGAAACAUCAGCAAUGAUCUCACACCCAGUCUGUUUUAUUACGAGCAAUAGCUGUGACCAAAUGGGUUGAGGAAAGUUGAUCUAGUUCUUUUAAUUUGAUUGGAUGCUUGAUGCACUUGCUUGGCGCCCACCCACCCCCCCGCCGCCCCUCUUGACCAUUGGAAGUGCCUCAUUGAAUACAUUCCAGGUAGCUAAGGCUUCUGUGGCCUUUUAUAUUUGAUAACAAUGGAGGAGAAAUAAUUUUUUAAGUCACUCGUCUUGCCUUCACGUGUUUUGGAAGAGGUGAACAGAUUUUUGACACAAAGAAAGUAAAAACUGUUGAAUGUAUUUUUUCAGCCAUUUUUUUUUUCCACUACAGUAAUUUCUGUGAGUUAAUAUGAAAACUGUUUUGUUUUUUUUCUCUCUUUUGUAAGUAUUGAUUGCAGUUAAGUCAAUAAACCCCAUAUUUUUGGAAAAGUUGAA